AUGGAGGAGGAAGCUGAUGAGUGGGAAGAAGCAGCUCCAAUAACACUCGACAAACAAAUUCACGAAACCCAACUCAAGACUCCCAGCAAGCCUACGCCCAAUAAUGCAGCUAAUGACGAUGACUGGAUGUCAAAGGGGAAUGAAUCAGAACACACCGAACCAUCUCUCGUAAACACUGGCCAACGCAUCGAAGUCGUCGCGCCUCAAAUGAAGAUUUUAAAACGGAAUCAGAAUAAAGCUGGAGAUAUACCCGUCAUGCAACGAACUGGAAGUGGAGGGGUUAUGAAGACGCUUGCUGAACGGGAGGCGGAAUAUAAUGCUGCUAGGGCACGGAUUUUUGGAGGGUUGGAUGGUGCUGAUGGUGGUAGUACUAGUAAUGGUGUUGGUAAUACGAAUGCAGAGGGUGGCAGAAACAAAUCAACAACACCGGCAACUGGUGAGAAGAUUGAUUUAAACGAUGCAGCGAAUAGAAAUAGGCCGUUACCAAAGAGUAAUGGUAGAGGAGGAGGAGAGGGUUCACCUGCUAUGGCUAGGAUGGAUCCUCGCUCACAAAGCAAGUAA